ACCGGCAGCUUCCGGGGCCGUCUGUGUCUUCUUUUAGCUCUUCCUAUUUGCUUCCACUGGGUUGCUGUUUAAGGAGGGCAGUCACCGACUGGUGGAGUUGGAAGUUCUGGAGAUUGCUCUGUUUACACAUAAGGACUCGUUCUUUAUGGUUGAGUGUGAAUAAGUAGGGCCGGUGUGGUGUGGAGGAGAGAAAGGAGCCGAAAGGCAGGAUGCGUUAAGAAGAGAUGAGAUUAUAAAGCACUAUUUGAACUCUGAUCCCAGGAUGAGGACACAGGCAUAUAAGUUCCUCUUGAAUGGCCCAGGCUGAUAGUGUGAUUUACGGAUGAAGAAACUGAGAUCCAGACUUAGACUUGCCUGAGGUCUCACAGCAAGAUUCGUGACAAAAAGGGGAGAGUAGACCAACCCAGUCUUCUAAAUCUCAUCCUUGUGGGAUAUGAAAAGAUAGCUCAAAAUAGAAGGCAGUUCUAACCAACAGAAAUAUGACUCAGGAAAGUAGUUAUGGAAAAUGGACUGUUUCCAGCAGUGAUGAAAGUGAAGGUGAUGAAAAGCCAUCUUCACUUGAUGAAAAGAAGACAUGCUUUGAGAAACCUUCUACCUCUUCUCUGCCUAAUUUGGGGCGAGAUGUGCUGAAUGAUCCUGGAUACACAUGUUCUGAUGCCCGGAAAGCUGCUCACCGCAGGAAAUUAUCACCAGUGAAAUUUGACAGUAAAAGUUCGACUUCCCAAAUCUCGCUCCCCAAAAAGCAGAAAACUUCCCAGGAAGAUUUAGGCUGGUCCCUGUCAAGUAGUGACGAGGAAUCCCACCCAAAAGGCCCAUCAAGGCAUCCAGUUAAGGAGGAAAGAUGUCCCUCUCCAAAAGAACCAUAUGAACAUAGACCUAAAGGUAGUCAGCCUCCCAUCUUCCCAAAGAUGGAAGAGGAUGAUGUCACUUCCGAUGAAGCCCAAGAGUCUUUGGAUCUGUUAGAUGAGAAGAACCUAUUCAGAUUUUAUCUCACCAAAGUCUCAGGAAUUAUGCCCAAGUAUAACUCAGGAGCACUCCACAUUAAAGAUAUUUUAUCUCCUCUUUUUGGGACUCUCUUGUCUUCAGCUCAGUUUAACUACUGCUUUGAAGUGGACUGGCUUGUAAGACAGUACCCACUAGAGUUCAGGAAAAAGCCCAUCUUGCUUGUGCAUGGGGACAAAAGAGAAGCUAAAGCUAGAUUACAAGAGAAAGCAAAGCCUUAUGAAAACAUCUCCCUUUGCCAGGCCAAGUUGGAUAUUGCAUUUGGAACUCAUCAUACGAAAAUGAUGCUGCUGUUGUAUGAAGAAGGCCUUCGAGUUGUCAUCCAUACUUCCAAUCUUAUUCAAGCUGACUGGCAUCAGAAAACUCAAGGAAUAUGGCUCAGCCCUUUAUAUCCACGACUACCAUGUGGAACAACCAGUACUUAUGGUGAAUCAUCAACAAACUUCAAAUCUGAUCUGAUAAGCUACUUGAUGGCUUACAAUGCUCCUCCCCUCAAAGAAUGGAUAGAUAUCAUCCAAAAGCAUGACCUUUCUGAAACAAGAGUUUAUCUUAUUGGGUCAACUCCUGGACGAUUUCAGGGGAAACAUAUAGAAGACUGGGGCCAUUUUCGGCUAAGGAAGCUUCUGAAAGAGCACACUUCAUUGAUACCCGAGCAACAGUCUUGGCCUAUUGUAGGCCAGUUUUCAAGCAUUGGUUCUUUGGGAGCUGAUGAGUCUAAAUGGCUUUGUUCUGAGUUUAAAGAUAGCUUGGUGAUUCUAGGAAAUCAUGGAAAGAAUCAAGGACAGCAUAAUGUCCCUCUUCAUUUGAUUUAUCCCACGGUGGAGAAUGUCCGGAACAGUUUGGAAGGAUAUCCUGCUGGUGGCUCUCUUCCAUACAGUUUACAAACUGCAGAGAAACAACUCUGGCUCCACUCCUAUUUUCACAAAUGGUCAGCAGAGACCUCAGGUCGUACCAACGCCAUGCCUCACAUUAAGACGUAUAUGAGACUUUCUCCAGACUUUGCAAAAAUGGCUUGGUUUCUCGUCACAAGUGCGAAUUUAUCUAAGGCUGCUUGGGGAGCUUUGGAGAAAAACGGUACCCAGCUGAUGAUCCGAUCUUAUGAACUUGGAGUUCUUUUUCUACCGUCAGCAUUUGGAAUGGAUACCUUCAAAAUCAAGAGAAAAGUCUUUUCAGAAAAGCAAGAACCAGCAAGCUCUUUUCCUGUGCCUUAUGAUUUGCCUCCAGAAAUUUACGACAGUAAAGAUCGUCCAUGGAUUUGGAAUAUCCCCUAUGUUAAGGCACCAGACACCCAUGGAAAUAUGUGGGUUCCAUCAUGAAAGCAGGCUGAAGUAGGGAAGUCAGACCAACACAGAGCUUAGACUGGAUUCUUUCUUAUUCUUGGGUAUAAAAUGACACACACAAUGCCCAUUUAAAUAAAUAAGUAAUUGUUUGGAAGAGUAUUGAACAAGACAACUUGAAGAAAAUAUGUCCAAGAAACUAAAGGUUGGGGUUUUUUGUAUGUAUUAUUAUUAAAAAUAUUUUAAUUCAUUUUAUAUAUAUUUCACAUUUACACAGUUCACUUACACAUACAUUUUGAAUCGGUGCUUAAUGUUAAAGUAAAAAACAAAUUUAGAUUUUAAAAUAGCCUCAAUGUUGUCUAAGCAAAUUUGAAACCAGUUAUUUAUUGUUUCUAUAUUAUGUUCCCACUGUCCACUGUGAAAGAUGCUGUUUGUACAACUGAAUCUCCUAACAAAUAAAUAAAUGAUAAUUUAGUUAAAUUGUUUCUGCCAAAAACAUUUUAUCAUCCUGCAUUCUCCAGGAAGGUUGCCUCAAAUGUUGUUGCAAAUAUUGGUGGAAUUUACUGCUUUGUAAUGUGACUUUGUUAUUAUUGUCAAAACCAAUCUGCUUAUUUGACACACUUACAGUAGCUGGUCGUCACCCAAUCCCUGUAUAAAGCUGUAAUCCUUAAUCCUUUUUGUUCUUUAGGCUGGCUCCCACUCAAGCUCAAGCAGUUCUCUAUCUGCCUGAGUUAAUACUGAUUCCUGUUUGGUUUUGUUAGAGACCUCCAGUUUGGCAGCUAAGACAUCUGGUCCCUUAUAUUCCUAAUGAUCUAGUAAGGGUCACUCAUCAAACUGUGAUUAUACAGUUUAAAGCUUUGUGGAUAUUUAGGCCAGUUCCUUUAUAUAUAAAUAGAUUGGAUACAGAUGAACAUGUGUGUCUGUAUGUGUAUACAUAAAUGUAUAUACAUAUGUAUAUUCAAAUACAUCAGUAUAGACUCAAUUCUUAUUUGUAUUUUUAUGUCUUCUUCAUAUCUGAACAUAUUCUCUCUCUCCUAUCCAGUGUCCCAACCCUUGUAAAAACAACAAAAAAAUUGAAAAGUCUUUCUCUUCCCCCUUCACCCCCUGCCAAAAAAAAAAAGCAGUUUAGCAAAACCAUCCAAGUUUGACAGUAUGAGCAUUUUCUAGACCUAUAAUCUCCCACUACCAGAAAGAAUUGAGAAAAGUAUUUUCUAAAAAAAUCUAUUUGGAAUAAAUGGGUCAUAAUUAUGCAGUAUUCAAUUAAAUCAUUUUGUUCUUUUCA